GGGCGCAGCGGCGUGGUCGGGCGCGAGCGGGGGGAGCGCGAGCGCAGGCGCUGGGAGCGCGACGAGGGCGGCUCGCGGGUCGGCGUGGUGGAGGCCAUUGGUGACGCGGGUGUGUACAGCGCUGUGUGCUGUGGCGUGGAUUCAAUGGCUGUCAACGGUACUGUCAGUGGUGCUGAACGGUGUCACGUGGUGCGUUGCUCGCGCUUGUUGACGCGGGGUGUUUACAGCCCUGUGGUGCUUCGUAUUGUGGCGUCGAGCUGCGCUAGGAUCGCAAGAUCGCGCACAAUGACGCCUGGGCUGCCGCACUUGCAGGGCCCAGUCGCAUGCUGUCGGCCGCCGUCGUAGCCGUCGCGUGUCGAGUGCGCGCUUCGUAUACAGUACGCGCGGGCUGCCACUUUCGUCCGGAGCGCUCGCAGCCCGUCUUUGCGAUCCGACGGAGCCGGCCCACGGUACACACGCCGUCUGACUGCUCAGCCCCCACCCAUGUCACCUCGCACUCGUCCGCUGAAGAGACUGUCACUGUCAUACGUAUCCUCAGCGCCGACACGCAGUAGUCGACGCUCCCCCUUUGCCCCUCCAGCACCUGCUGCCUCGGCCCCCCGCGCGAACAGACACGCUUUUCGCGAACGGGCCCCGCACAAUUUCGCGCCCCAUCACUUCCAGAGCGGCUCCGGGCUCUGGACUGCUUCUGUGCUCUUCGGACUUGCCAUUGGCGGCGCCGUCCUGCUUCCCCUGCUGAGGAAUCCCUCCGAUACCCUCGACACCCCAGAUUCCGCCUUUGACGUCACCACCACCGACUCGCUCCUCGUCAUGGCCGCCAACACGCCCGCCGGCCGCCCCGGCACCCUCACGCCGCAGGAGGAAGAGAAGCUGCGCGAGCUGUGGCUGCUGACGCUGCGAGUCUUCGGCGUGCACAGCGCCGACGACGGGAACAACGGCGUCGAGCCCGCGCCCGCACCCGCACCCGCCGCCGCCCCCGAGAAGGAGAAGGAGAAGGAGAAGAAGAAGAGCAAACUGCACGUCUUCUCGCGCCACAAGAAGGACAAGUCCGAGCCCGACUCCGCGCCCGCAACCGGCGCCUCCACACCCGACAUCGGCCGCCUGUCGCUGUCGACCGACGACGACAAGUUCGGCCAGACAGCCGACUUCAAGGCCGCCAUCGCCAACAUCCCGCCCGAGCACCUGCGCACCGCCUUCUGGAGUAUGGUCAAGCACGACCACCCGGACGCGCUGCUGCUGCGCUUCCUGCGCGCCCGCAAGUGGGACGUCGAGAAGGCCCUGGUCAUGAUGGUGUCGACGAUGCAGUGGCGCAUGGACGACAUGCACGUCGACGACCGCAUCGUGCUGCAGGGCGAGCUGGGCGCGCUGGAGGCCGCCGCCGCUGCCGACGCAAAGGCCAAGAAGAACGACGAGGACUUUUUGGUCCAGCUGCGCAUGGGCAAGAGCUUUUUGCACGGCACCGACGCGGCGGGCCGCCCGAUGUGCAUUGUGCGCGCGCGGCUGCACAAGGCGGGCGAGCAGACCGAGGAGAGCCUUGAAAGGUUCACGGUGUACACGAUUGAGACGGCGCGGCUGCUGCUGCGCCCGCCGAUUGACACGGCGACCAUCAUCUUCGACAUGACCGACUUCUCCAUGGCCAACAUGGACUACACCCCCGUCAAAUUCAUGAUCAAAUGCUUCGAAGCAAACUACCCGGAAUCGCUGGGCACCGUGCUCGUCUACAAGGCGCCCUGGGUGUUCAACGCCGUCUGGAGCAUCGUCCGCGGCUGGCUCGACCCGGUCGUGGCCUCCAAAGUCUCCUUUGUGAAAUCCGUCUCCGAGCUCGAGAAAUUCGUCCCCGCUGCACAGAUCCCCAAGGAGCUCGGCGGCGCUGAGGACUGGGCGUACAGUUUCCCCGAACCCGUAGCCGGCGAGAACGACAAGAUGAAGGAUGUUGCGACGCGGUCGCGCAUCGAGGCGGAGCGCACGGCGAUUGUGGCCAAGUACGAAGAAGAGGUGCUGGCCUGGAUCAAGGCCGGUACGCUGCCCGACGCGAUACCCCAGCGCCGGCAAGAGCGCGAUAAGCUCGCGGAGGAGCUGAGGAGGAAUUACUGGGCGCUGGAUCCGUAUGUGCGCGCCCGCACGCUGUAUGAUCGCAUGGGUGUUCUUGGGGAGGGGGGGCGGCUGGCGUUUUACCCGGCGGCGGGGGCGGUGCCUGGUGUCACACCGGCGGUGGGGGAGGGGACGGCGAAGGGGACGGGGCAGGUGGAGACUAGUGCCGAUGAUCUGGAUUGAAG